AACUAUUUCAUAAUGAUUAUGAAGACUAGAAGAGGCAGUGUGCCUUCAGGAUCCCCGGUAUGAUGACUGGCAAGUCAGAGAAGAACUUCAUUGUGCAUGCCGGAAUAUCAUCAGAUCGCUUUGCAGGUGGUGGAGUUGGCGCGCGCAGGCUGCGAGAAGUCCAUGAGCCAGCUGCAGGUGUCAGUUCGCGGUGGAGAGAGCGAGAUGCAGGCCUACCUCACAUUGCCCUGUGCCCUCGGCCCACCAGACACCGGGGGCAUAGUGGAGGCUGAGGCCACCUGGAGCUUAGCCGGCUGGAUCUUCACGUGGUUGAUGCUGCACGGAGUUUGUCUCUGUAGAGGCCGGCAUGAUUUGCUGCAACUGAUCAAGAGCGUUUGCUCCAGCAUUGCUACUUUAGUGAUCUUCAUGGACAUGGGAAUGCUGAGGUCGACAGCCCGUGGAGGCGAUCCCGGUCACUGGACCAAGCAGGCCUUCGAGUCUGGCGUCGGCCUCCAUAGUGCGGCUGUGGCCUCUGCUGUGGCGGAAGGUUUAUGGCCAAGGCGGAGCUGCAGCUCACGGCUUCUCUGCAGUGCCGAUGCAUUCUCGCAUCUUUCGGCUUUGAUUGCUUUGCUCCGCAAGAGUAGCAGCCUACUACAAGGCCUUGCCUUGUGCUUUUUGCCAACAGCUUCCACAGUUGUCUUUGACAUCGCAGCGCUUGCCCUCAGGUACAAGCUUUGCUUGGAACUGGGCCUUGCACUUGUUGUGCUUUUCCGCCUGGCACCCUUCUUGAUCUUCAAGGAGCCAGUUGCAUUGGUGCUGACUGCCAUGUCGUGCACCUGGUUGCUCAGGCUGCCCACUCUGCUGGCAGUGCAAAGUACAGAGGCUGCUCCGAGCAUUGAUCAAGAACUGGGCGAGCCAGGUGUGACAUCUGAAGCUAGCGGAGAGGAGGAACUCUGUGAGCUGAUCAUCCACGGGGUGACUUAUGAUGUGAGCUCAUUCCUUGAGGAACAUCCCGGUGGCGCAGCAGUGCUGCAGCGUCAUGCUGGGCAGGAUGCCACGGAGGCAUUUCUGGCAGUUGGCCACUCGCAGGAGGCUUUGCAGAUACUGUCAGCCCACCGCCAUCCAGGCCAGGACGCAAGGUACAACUCCAUGGUUGAGCCACCAGGGGCACAAGAGCUAGCAUGGCAGUUGCUUCAAUUGGCAGCUGCGGGCGUGCUGACUUUUCUUCCCAGACUUUGGGCAGGAGUACCAAAUGCACCUGCCACGCCUGCAGAUGGAAGUGCGAGUGGCCUACUGGGCCUGGCAGCGGCAGGUUUGUUAGCUCAACUGCCUUUCGAUGUCGCUCCAAUGCAGGUGCCGUUAGCUCGACGUUUUCUUGAAGGUACUUCCUUGAUGAUUCUAUCACUCUCGUCACUUCUGCCCAUGAGAGUGCUGGGACUGGCGGCAGCCCUUGCUGCAAGCUUCAGUCCAAUUCAGGGGCCGGAGGUUUGGGGAGUCCUGACAUGGGCCUUGCUCCUGCUAUUGGCAUGCCCCACUGCACCUGCAAGUUGUGCAGAAGUUGCUGCAGCAGGAGCCUCUUGCAUUGGAGACAUUGGCAUCUCAGGUGUUGCUGCUUCAGCAAUAUUCGGACUAUGGGGACGAGGCAUAGGGGGCCGGACUUCAGCAAUAUCCGUGGCGCUGGCUGCCCUUCGCUGUGCUGGAAGUUGCUCGUUGGCUUGCUGGCUGCUACUUUGGUCCAUGGGGCAGGUGAAUCUCCACUUAGUGGCUGCUGCUCGGUGUGCGGGUACCGCCCUUCUGCUGGGUUUGGUCAAGGCAGCACAGGUGCAGCAAAGCAACUGGCAGGUCAGCGCAAUGUGGCUGGCCCUAGUUUUAGGACCCAUCUCCGUGAUUUUGGAGCUCAAACAAGGUUCUUGGAUGCUUGCACCCCUGUCGGGCUGGUUGUUGCUCUUGCAACGGCGCGCGGUGGCACUAGAAAAGAUGGUGAGAGCUUCAGAGCAACGUGUCAGGGUCACGGCAAACAUGCGGAGGAUUCAGUUCUUGUUGGACAAUAUUCGGUCCUUGUUUGCGCUGCUUGUUUGGAGCACUCUGAGUCAGCCGUUGGUGAGGUUGGUGACGUGGCUUUUGCCGGGCCAGUUGCGGGUCCUGGCCUUUGAGGCACCCAUCGAUGAUCUUGGUGGCCAGCUAGAUGUGGGAGUCUGUUUGAUGCUGGACAAUGGCAGAGGCCAGGCAGAGAAGCUGGCCCCUGGCCAUGUGGUCUGUAACGUUGGGCAUUUGCCAACUGCAGAUGCGGAUGACCUUCGUGCCACUGUGCAUUCAUCACUAAAGAUCAUGGAAGAGCUAUCAGGAGUUUCUUUGCCUGGCGACAUGCAGGGAACACCAGCUCCGGGCUUUGUUGCAAACCUCCUUUGUGUAUUGCCAAAGUCAGCUCGUCGGCCUUGGUUGAUCAAUCCCAAUUGGCAGUCUCUCCGAGAGGUGAACUUGAGCGUAUGGGCCAGCUCAGAGGAUGCCCAGGCUUGGUACAGACAGUCACAGGCCCAUGCAGCGAUCGUGGCACAACAUGCGCAGGGCAAGUUGAGGACAUUUGGAAACCUCUUAAUGACUUUGCAACCGUUGCGAGUCUGCCCCUUAUUGGCUUUCUAGGCAGACAGGCUUUGUGAGCGAGUUUGGAUGGGAUUCAAUCUAUUUCUAUAAGGCUUGAAGGAAGAACAUUUUUAUGCUGGAUACUAGCCGUUUACGUUUUACUGUAACAUGUCUGUCCUUUGCGCUCCUUUUGGGCAGCCCUCAGGUCUGAGAUGCCUGCUAGAUCCAUCCACAAUAAUCAAUCGGCCGAUUGGAUGAUCACCCUUCAUAUCCUGAUUUCAUAGAGAAUGUGACAGGUGCCCCAAUAGACUCGUGCGCCUGGACCAGGAUUAUUGAGUGUAAUUGUCCCAUGAAGUGCAAAACAAAGAUACGAAAAAGACGCGGAACAACUCAUUGCAGAAGAGGAUAACAGUGGAAACAAUACAGCCUUUGCAAAGCGGAGCAGGUCAUUGCUUCGCAUUGCUUGGCAUUACUUGUUCUAAAAGCCUUUUGCUUCAUGCCUGGCGCUGUCACAAAGACGAGGUGGCCUGGCAAAGUCGAUGCCGAGCCUGUGCUUCUUUGGCUGAAGGCUUGGCCACCAGGUGUCCAAGUUGCGGAGCGCGGACAUUUGAGCUGCCGAGCUUCUGAAAAACGGGCCGCUGGGUGGGCUGGACAAACAGUGACCGUCGACUGUCAUCAAGGAGUGCCAUUCAGACUGCUGAAGAAUCGAGCCCUUGAUAACAAUCGCAGCACUUUUUCAAAGAUUGAUGAACUUUAUCAUGCAGUGCUUUUGUGUGUGUGUGUGUGUUUCUUUUUCCCCAAACAGUUUACUGUUGGGGUUCUAUCUUAGAAAGAAAAGAGCUGGCCGCACUCACUGGCCGCGC